AGCGAUGCCUUCCUGAUCAAUCCAGUCGUCUCGUCCGGCAUUUUGGUCACUUCACCCAGUCUUCUGUCCUCGGACGUCAGCCCCGGCUUAGAGGCGACCCUCUGCUCUGGUGGGCCGCUCAAUUCGACUUCUGGUGCUGCUGCAGCCGCCGCAGCAGCCUAUCACAGUCUGCUGGUCUCCGCCACAUUGCCCAGUUCCCAGCCGGUAUUUUCGUUUCCCACCGGUAUCUACGACCAGACUCCGGGCAUGUUGACCACGACAACGAGUCCGGUUGCCAAGUCGGGCAACGCGAUACCUCUGGUCUCGAGCACCACGGCUGCCUCAGUCACCUACCUUCUCUCCAACGGCCUCUUGGCCCCAGCCGGUUCCGCAGGGCCGCCGACGAAUUGCUUCUUUGGCGGCGUCCAACCUGACGGCCCGUUUGUCCAUCCGGCAGCCAACAACGCGGAGGCUAACCGGCCGACCGGCCGGCAGAAGAGUCAAGCCGGAGGCGAAUUGUUGCUCUUCGAGGCGGCCCGCCGAACAGGUCAGUUGGCCCUAGGGCCCAGCCCCACUAGCGCUUCUUCUUCCUCCUCCUCUGACGCGCCCCCAACUCCGCUUCCUCCCUCUGGCCCGAUCCCUCACCCUCGAACUUGCCCCCACGACCCGAUCGACCUCCGCACGCUCGGACCCUCGGACUCGGAGUCGGGUCGAGUCUACCACUCGGGCCGGCCGGGGGUUUCGGCGCGAGCUCAGAACGCCCAGCAAUUGUUGCUGCGCUCACGGGCCGUGGGAACUCGAGGCUCGGGCUACCGUCGAGCCCAGACUACGCCCAGCAACGAGCAGACAAACGCGAGUCGAACUGAACGCCUGUACAGUCGGGCGGGUGCCUGCGUGGCCGCCCCGCGUGCCGCCUCGAACGACAGAACAGCUAAGACGAGUCUGAAAAUACCGCCUCUCUCGUUGCCCGGCUACGAGGGCCUCUUCACGCCGGCCGGUGGCGGUACCGGUACCGGUACGGGCGGAUACUAUUGGCCCGAUGGCGUGGAAGAGAGGCCGAGGACUGUCGGACCUGCCAGGCUGUACGACGAGGCGGCCGGCGUCUACGACGUGGACGCCGAGGAGCUGGCCGAGCUAAACGAGCUGACCGAAUUGGCUCAACUGGCCCAACUACGCGCCCAAGUGGUGGCUGUCUACGCCACCAUGAACCGUCGACUCACCAGAGCCCUUCGUGAGCCAACUCGCGAGUCCCUCUUCGUUCAAGGUAGCAGCCUGCCGCCUCUGCCUGGCGCACAUGCACUGCUCUCUCCCGGCCAUGUCGCCUCGUCGUCAUCGUCGCCCGGUUGA